ACGGCAUUUUGUCCAUGUGGUGCGGUUUUCCGGCGAAAAAAGCAUUAAAAUUUAUAGAUUUCCAAAUUAUUUGAGAAUUCAGAGUAAUUUCACAGCAGCUGCUUUCAGUGAAUAACAAAUUAUCUGUGGUGUGAAUUGUGGUACAACAAUCUGUAGCAAGCAUAGUGAGUGUGUAUAACAUUGCCUCUGCUGGUAAUGUGCUACUGGUUAUGAUAGCAUGCUUGACGGUUUUCGCACGGCACGGCUAUAGCAGAACUACAACGAGAGCAGCAACUUCGUCGCAGUUUGGACCAAAGACGUUGAUGACACGAAAACGGGCUCUUUCUCCGGGCUCGAAACUGGUUUCUUCCUCCAACUCACUGCUGAAGAUGCCCGCCCGAGAGGAAGUGAUUGGCGCGACGGGAGAAAGUGGUCCCGGCGCCAUCCGGUAUCUGGACACGCCAGACAAGUCGUUCUCCGACCGGAAGCAGUACAGAUCUAUCGUCCUGCCGAACGGGUUCCACGCACUGCUCAUAUCGGACCCAACGGAACGCUCGAGGUCACCGCCUCCGCCACCAGCCAACAACAGCACGAUCGACGAGAGCAGCGACGACGGCGUCAGCGUAACUUCCGCCACCAACGAGCUGACCGAGAGCGAGGGCGAGGAGGAGGAGGAGCACGAUGGGAGCGAAACCGACGGCGAGGGCGGCGAAAAACUGGCGGCCGCGGCCCUCUGCAUCGGCGUCGGUUCCUUUAGCGAUCCCAAGCCGGUGCAAGGGUUGGCGCACUUUCUCGAGCACAUGAUCUUCAUGGGGAGCAAGAAGUACCCGACGGAGAACGAGUACGACUCGUAUAUUAGUAAAUGUGGUGGAUUCGACAACGCCGUUACUGAUUUGGAGGAGACGACGUUCUACUUUGAGAUUGACGAAGAGUAUUUGGACGGGGCGUUGGAUCGGUUUUCGAACCUGUUCACGGAGCCGUUGAUGCUGCGGGAUUCGAUCUGUCGCGAGCGGGACGCUGUCGAGUCGGAGUUCCAGACCAACAUCAACAGCUUCUCGUCGAUGCGCGAGCAGUUGAUGGGAUCGCUGGGACAGGACGAUCAUCCGUGUAGUUCGUUUUCGUGGGGUAACCUGCGGACGCUGAAGGAGAACGUGACCGAGGACGAGCUGUACGACAUUCUGCACAAGUUCCAGAAGCGGCACUAUUCGGCCCACCGGAUGCAUUUCGCCGUGCAAGCCCGCAUGAGCUUGGACGAGCUGGAGGAGCUUACGGUGCGGUAUUUUUCCAACAUCCCGUCGAACAACCUGCCGGCGGAUGAUUUUUCGACGUUCAACGAGCGGAACGCGUUCAGGCCGGACUUUUACAGCAAGGUGUUCUUUGUGAGGCCAAAGUCAAACAUUUGUCGGCUGGACGUGACGUGGUGUUUGCCGCCGAGUGUGAAGGACUUCAAAGUUAAACCAGUGGAUUAUAUGGCGUAUCUUUUGGGAUACGAAGGAAAGGGUAGUUUGACUAGCUAUCUAAGAAAUAGAACACUCGCGUUGGACGUCCAAACUGGCGCCAGCUACGGCUUCGAGAAGAACUCUCUCUACACGCUGUUUUCCGUUUCCGUAAUCAUGACCGACAAAGGGUUGGACAACAUUGAAGAAAUCCUCAAAGCCAUCUACUCCUACAUGAGACUGCUGAAGCAAACGGGCCCAGUCGAGUGGUUGUUCAAGGAACUGCAAGACAUUGAGGCCACCUCAUUCCGCUACCGCAAGGAAAAGGAAGCCAGCGACAAUGUGGAAGAGCUGGUCGUCAAUAUGCGCUACUACCCGUCCAAAGACAUCAUCACCGGUUCGGAGUUGUACUACAACUACAAUGCAUCCGACAUCCAACAGGUCAUAGACAACCUGAACAAACCCACCUUCAACAUCAUGAUUUCCUCCUCGAAGCCCUACAAAGGAAUCACGUACGACAAGAAGGAAAAGUGGUUCGGAACCGAGUACGCCGAGAAGGACAUCCCGGCGGAGUGGCAAGCCCUCUGGGACAACGCCGCGCCCAUUCCGGAGCUGAAGCUGCAGGAGCGCAAUCCCUACAUCAGCACCGACUACACCAUCUUUGCCACGCAGGACGAUCCGGAGACGGCGGCCACCCACAUUCCCGCCAUCCCGGAGAAGCUGCUCGAGGACGGUGUGUGCGAGCUGUGGUUCCGCCAGGACGCCAAGUUCAAUUUGCCCAUGACGUUGAUGUACUUUUACUUCAUCUCGCCGCUGCCGAUGCAGAGUCAGAAGAGCGCAACGCUGACCAGCUUGUACUCGUCCAUGCUAAAGUUCCAGAUUGCCGAGGAUCUGUACCCGGCGUCCGUUGCUGGACUGAACUAUGAAAUUUAUGCCGCUGAAAAGGGAAUCGUACUGAAGGUCGACGGCUACAACGAAAAGCUGCCCAUAAUCGUGGACGAGAUCACAAAGUCGAUGCAAUACUUUGACAAAAAUAUGAGCGCCGACGUGUUCAACGUGAUCAAGAAGAAACUCGCGAAGACUUACUACAACGAGGUUAUAAAGGCUAGCAAGCUAAACAGGGAUGUUCGCUUGAAGGUUGUGCAGGAAAUUUACUGGACAACGGUGGAGCGCUUCCACGUAUUGAAGAAUCUUACGAUCGAGGAUUUGGGCGAGUUUUCGCGCAAAUACUUCGAGCAGGUCAAAAUUCAAACCCUAAUCCAGGGCAACACCAAAAAGCAAGACGCACUGAACGUGAUGCGCAACGUGUUGGAUAAUUUGAAGAGUGGUGAAAUUAAGAAUGUUUCGUUGAUCGAGUCCAAGGCGCGUCAGAUUCCACUGGGCAACAACUAUCUGACGGUUAAGUCGUUCCGCGAAAACGACGCCAACACGGUGACGACCAACUUUUACCAGGCUGGACCGGUGACGCCAACGUUGAACUCGCGUCUCGAACUGCUGGUGAUGUUGAUAGAGGAACCGCUGUUUGACAUGCUGCGUACGAAGGAGCAGCUCGGCUACGACGUGUCCACCACGAUUCGGGACAACUUCGGCAUUUUAGGCUACUCGAUUACGAUCCACUCGCAGGAGGACAAGUUUACGUACCAGCACAUCGACCAGCGUAUCGAAGACUUUAACGUUAAGUUCGUUCAGCUGCUGGAGGAGAUGCCCGAGGCGGACUUCCAGCUGGUGAAGCGAUCGCUGCUGAAACGAAAACAGAUUGUGGAUACGGAGUUGAAGAACGAAAUGAACCGCAACUGGGCCGAGAUCACCACGCAGGAGUACAUCUUCAACCGGAACAAGCUCGAGAUGCAGCACAUUGAGGAGCUGAGCAAGCAGGAAAUAAUGGACUUUUACAAGCAGCUGCACGACAACCAGUUCCGGCGGAAAAUGUCCGUCCAGGUGGUGGGCUGUAGCGACAAGUCGAUCCAGUGCAGCCAGAAAACGGCGGACGGCGAGCUCGAGAACGGCGAGAACGAGGACGAAGAUUUGGAUCGAGAGUUUUUGAUCCACUACCUGGAGACGGACGAACCAGGUCGGAACUACAUUACGGAUAUCGAGAGCUUCGGCAAGACGCUCAUGGUGUAUCCGGUCACGAAAAUUCAGUUUUAGUGAAUUUUGCCCUUGUGAUUUGUAGAGUUACGUGCCGUGUUUGAUGUUUAGUGUUUGGAAUGAGAAUUACUUUUUAAUAAAAUAUAUUAAAUGUUAUU